AUCUUUUGCCCACACAAGCGGGUGGGUCAGGAGCGUUCUGGGCUCCUGGUUCCCCGCCCCUGCACCCCACGUGGAGUUAGGAGCAGGAGCCGAGAGGGAAGAAGCCCGCUCACAGCCUGAAGCGGCGAGGGGCGGCCUGUGCCGGGAUCCCGGGGCGGGGCAGGGAAGGCGCUGAGCCCUGGCCCCGGGGCGGCGCUGCAGAGGGAGACGGGGAGCGCCCGGAGGGCCAUGGAGGGGGAGUCCCCGGGGCGCGGGGAGCAGGCGCUGCAGGAGCUCCAGGCGCUGGUGGAGCUGGUCGGGGGGAAGCCCGGGGUGCUGCUGGUCGGGGAGGUGCUGGAAGCGGGGGAGACCCGGGCGCUGCUGGGGGAUUUUGCCCAGGAGCUCUUCGGGGAGCAGCCCGGGCCCGCGGCGGGCAGCGGGGGGCAGCCCCGAGGGAAGCCGGCUCCCCAGGUCCGGGUGUGCCUCGGCCCCGGCGGCGCGGCCGGCCGGGAGAUCCGCUCCCCGCUCAUCUUCCUGCUGUGCCGGGCCGGCUCCCUGCAGCCGGGGCGGGCCCGGGACCGGCUGCGGGAGAUCGCGCGGGACCUGCGGAGCCGGCUGCCCCGGGGCCCGCCGGCCGCCCUGGUGGGGGUGAUCGUGCAGCCCGGCCCCGGCCAGGAGGAGGCGGCGGCGGCGCCGCGGCUGCUGGAGGCGCUGCUCGGCGAGGUCUUCCAGGGAGGGCGGCGCGGGGCCGGGCUGCGGGACACGGUGCAAGCGGCCGCCUACAGCCCCGGCCGCCCGGGCGGGACGCUGGAGGUCCGGAGAGCCGCCUGCCGGGCCCUGCGGGCGGCCCUGCAGCACCGAGCAGGUGGGGAGGAGAGAGAGAAGCGGAGAUUCCCCUCCCUCCUGCGGUGCAUCCCCUGGGGCAGGAGGAGCCAGAGAAGAGGCCGUUCGGCUAAAGCUGCCAACAACCUUCAUGAGGCAUUCCCAGAUCUUUCCAGUCUAAGGAAUGGUCGAUCGGGAGAAGAUUUGGAACCUGAAUCACCCCUAUGAUGAUGCCGAGUGCUCCCACUAAGCCACAAGGUGGCCUGCAGGACCCCGAGGAGGGAGUGGCUCUGACAGGCAUGUCGCUUAACGGAAACUGUGAAGAAGCAGGCAGAGGCACAGGUGCUUAGAGCUCCUGGAUGGUGUCAAGGAACCACCCUUACUGAUGUCCUCUUAUAGCAUGAGAACGCCGGGCUGAGUUCACCCAGCUGAUCUCCUGGAAAGGGGACAUGGAAGCCAUCACGCAGUUCUUGGGAAAAGCUGCUACCUUCUGUGUCCGAACCAGAUACCCUUCCUGCUCCCACCCCGUCACUGCUGCAGCAAAACUCAGAGGAGGGUCAUGUUCUGCUACUCGGUAGAGUUAAUUUGUGGAUGCUAAAAUGGACUGUGGGCCUUUAAGAAAUCCCGUUGGAUGCAUUUCACUGGGGGGGUGUGACAGUGCAGGAAUCCCAGGUAUAAAAUGUGCUCAGCUGCUAAAAGAGAGAGUUGCUCAUUUGAACAACAAAAUUCCCCUCCAAGAGGCCUUCAGGGUUUCUUUGCUGAUGGAACUAAUCUUCUGCCUUGCCCUCAUGCUUAAUUGCUGUUCUAAAGCUCCAGAUAAUGGCCUCAAUAGAACUUCCAUUUUCUGUUUGCCUCCCUGUUAGGAAACAACAGGCAAGUGGGGUGGGGGAAGCGAUAGAGCUGCAGGGAGGUCACGUGGGAUGGCUCAUCUCCAUGUACAGGCCUUGGGACAUACUGGCGAGUUGAAGAGGAUUGAAUGCAAUAAUCUAAUGUGAAGAAAGGCUACUGUCAUGCCGUACAACUCAAGUGCACAAUGCAGAAGUCACCCAUGAUCACGUCGAUAGGAGAGUGGUCUGAGAGAGCAGUUCAUUCCAUACGGCUAAUCCUGGUGCUAAGUGAGUGAUUUACAGGUUGCUCUGGGGGCAGAGCAACGGACAGUGCUUAUAGCGUUUCCACGUUCUGAUGGGGGUGACAGAUGUCCAGCCACCCCACCCCCCAAUUCCUUAACAGUGGGGUCCCAACAACCACAUGGCUUUCAGGCCCCAAAGACCACCCCUUACAUUCAUCUCUCUUAAAGAUGUGACUUAAUAUGUUGUUUUUAGGAAAUACAAUCUAUAUAUUUAAUAGUUUUCAAAGGUAUUUUUUUAACCUGUCUGGCAACCGGUUGUUUUAAUUAGGCUUUUAUUUAUAUGGAAUAUUAAUGGGACACUGGGUAUGUUCAGCUACAACAUAAAAUACGAUUGAGUUUGUCUUGGUUUUCCUUGCUCUCUGUUACAAGUUUUCAUCUGGAUCAGGCUGUUGGCAGGACUGUGUCUCCUCAAUUAUGUCCCAUCUCACUGUCCUCCAGGCUUGCUGGGAGGCUCUUUUAUUUGGGUCAGUCCAUCUACAAUCGUUUUGUCUUCCUUUGUUCUUUGGUUGGCAGAGAAGCAGAUAAUAAGUGAACACUGUGUAAUCCUAGUCAGUCCAUCUCCUGAUCUGCUGAAAAUUGAUCUUGUUCCUCCUGAGAGAAAUGUGCCUUAGGCAAUCAUUUUCUAUUGUGUAGAGUAGGGGGUGGGCAGUCAGGGUUCUUUACCCAGCUCUGACCAUGGACAAAUAACUUGAUUUCUCUGUGCUUCAAUUUCCUCAACUGUAAAAUGGGGAUUUUGAUAUUUACCUACCUCACACAGGAGCUGCAAGGCCUCAUUAAUCUCUGACAAGUGCUGUGAGAUCCUUGGAGGUGCCAGAGAAGGGCAAAGGGCAACGGGAGAACAAGAGCGUACUACAGUCUACAUAUUCAUGGAUUUCCCUUCUGGGGUCUCCCAAUGGUGCUGCAGUGAUGUUUCUGCUCUAUGAAAGCAGCUCGCUGCAUCUGUGGUGAUUCAGUGGCUGCUGAGCAGUGGAAAAGAGCAUUAGGUGUCAGGGCGGGGGGGAGUGGGAGUGACAAAGUAGCUGGGUAAAUGGGGAAAUGUUUUCUCUGAUCCUCGAGUGGUGUUUGGUGGAAUUUUAUGUUGUAAUUCAGGUCACUUCAGAACUUUGCUGCUGGGAGUCUUUGUGGCUCGUGACUUAGGCCUUGUGUGUGUUCGUUGAGUAUAACCUAAGGUGAGAAUUUAAUCCCAGUAUAACUCUCUCUCUGGACACUCUUAUUCUGGUAUGAGAGUGCCUUUUAUUUAAAUUUAACUUAUAUCACUUGGGAAGGGGUUUAAGCUAAACUGAAAAAAGCCAUUCUUAUUUUAGUAUGUGUGUCCACGCCGGGAGUUAUACCUGUGUAAAACUGUCCUGUGUAGACAAGGCUUUAGACAGAACCUAGAAGGUAGAUAAUACAGUAGAACCUCAGAGUUACGAACUGACCGGUCAACCGCACACCACAUUUGGAACCGGAAUUACACAAUCAGGCAGGAGCAGAGACAUAAAAACCCAAAUACAGUACAGUACUGUGUUAAAAGUAGAUUACUAAAAAAAUAAAGGGGAAGUUUUAAAAAAAGAUUUGAUGAGGUAAAGAAACUUUUUCUGUGUUAGUUUCAUUUAAAUUAAGACGGUUAAAAGCAGCAUUUUUCUUCUGCUUAGUAAAGUUUCAAAGCUGUAUUAAAUCAAUAUGCAGUUGUAAACUUUUGAAAGUACCAUAAAGUUUUGUUCAGAGUUACGGAUAUUUCAGAGUUACGAACAACCUCCAUUUCCAAGGUUUUUGUAACUCUGAGGUCCUACUGUAAUGUCACAGCAUGUAUGAGUCUAUAUAGAGGGGACCAACACCACCCUGCUUCCAGAUCACGGGGUAUUCUGUACAUUAAAUUUGCUUUGAGGGAACAUGUUUACAAGCAAAUUGAAAAUACAAAUAUAAUAAUGUGAUUUAGUCAAGUCAUUUCUUGUGCGUGGCUGCGUAUGUGAUGCUGGAUUUCAGCACUGAGUGGGAAACAGUUGAUCAGUUACUUGAAGUGAAUCUUGGCUAAUGCGCUAUCUUCUAGCAGAGCUCCUCUGGGGAGCUGUGCACGGAGAUAGAGGGCCUGUCUACACUACAGUAUUAAGUCGACUUAUGUUAAGUUGACGUCCAGCCACUGCAGUAAUUAAAGCAGUGGUUCACAUCCACACUUGCUCCUUCUGUCAGUGGGGCGCGUCCUCACCAGGAGUGCUUCCGCUGACUGAAGUGGGGCAUUGUGAGACACUGACAGCUGGAGCCUGGUAGCCCUGGGGUUCACAGCUGUGCCCACUUCCCUUUGCCCCCGCUGACAGCCAGAGCUGUCAGCCGUGUGCGGGCUCACAGUCAAAAGGCAAUGUAAGUAACAGUGUCUACACGGACACUGCGUCACCCUAACUACAUCAACAUAUGCGCUACACCUCUUGUAGAGUAGUUAUGUCGGUGUAGACGGCCACUUACUUCCGCAGAAGUAGCAUUCUAGUGUGCACACUGACAUAAUUAGGUCGAUGUAAGCUGCCUUAGGUCGACCAUAACUGUAAUGUAAACCAGGCCUGAGUCUUACGUAUUUAUGUCUCUCUUUGUUCGUCUCUAAAUUAAGAGCAGGUCACUUGUUCAAACUCUUCCUACUAAUUUAAAUGUUUACUCCCAUAACAGUGCUGACAGUGUUAUGCAAAUCUUUGUAAUCUGUUAAGGCCCGAUGAAUUAACAAUUUAAAAUAUCGCCGUAGAGACCAACACAAUGUAUAUGGACUUGGGGCCAAAUUCUGCUCCAGAUUUACACGUGUAGUGACUUUGAUUCCAUUGACUUCAAUAUUCUAGAUUUAUAUGGA